CUCUCCCGAAUCUACGGCUACAAUACUAGCUACUAUGGAGACCAAGAUCGGACAGAGCGUGUAGUCCCUGUUAAAAAAAACAUUACCGUCGGAGAGUUGAGAAACGACGAAGCACAUUAUCGCUGCUUUCUUGAAAUCGUUCUAUGAUUGUGCAUUUGUGUGAACAGAAGCAGGGAUCUAAUAUUUGGCAUUUGUUUAGAAUGGAACACGCUGAAGGCCCUGUAAGAAAAAGGGAAACCUAAGGAUGCUGGAGCAGAACAAUGGAUUUCUCCUUUUCUUUCAUGCAACGGAUCAUGGGAAACACAAUUCAGCAACCCCCCCAGCUCAUUGACUCCGCCAACAUCCGCCAGGAGGACGUGUACGAUGCCGUCAGCGACCCUGGCGAUGACGCCAGCGGCCCCCCCUCCUACGAGGCGGCCCUGGAGCCCGGCUUCACCUACCCUCACGAAGACAUGCCGGUGGUCGCCAACGGCUACCCAGCUGCCGUGGGCGCGUACGACCCGCAGGCCAAGUUCUCUGCGCUGUACUCGCAGUUCCCCAACGGCUCGGCCAACGGCUACAACGCAAUCCGCGGCUACGAGCACGGCAUGCUGCUCGGGGAAGGGACGACGGUCCUGAGACCGCCGGUGGUGCAGGAGAAGCCGCCGACGCACCUGUCUUCGCCCCCGCUGCCCCCUCCCCCUCCCCACCCGAGCCUUCAUCUCCACCAGCCCCAGCAUCACCACCAUCCUCAUCCUCACCUUCAGCACACCCAGAACGUGCCUCUGAUGCCCACCCAGCUCCACCAGCACCACCCCCUCCACCACCAUCCACCCCCUCCACCUCUCCUGGCCUCCGUCUUGCCCCCAGCUCCCUCCUUACAGCUGUCCUCCUCCUCCCCCCCUCUCCUCUCCACCCACGACAGCAACAGCAGCAGCGGCGGCGGGGGCGGAGGAUCCGCCGCCUCCAGUCCCCUCCAGCCCGGCGGCGGCGGCGGCGGCGGCGUCGUCCUGCCCAAGAAGACCAACUCUCCCGAGAUCAAGCUCAAGAUCAUCAAGACGUACCAGAACGGGCGCGAGCUCUUCGAGUCGGCGCUGUGCGGCGACCUGCUGCAGGAGUUCCAGUCGGGCGAGGCCUCGCGCCGGCGCCACGAGCAGAAGAAGGAGAAGAGGAAACGGAGGAGCGGGCGCCAGAGCCUCCUCGCCGAGCACGACGACGAGGCCCCACCGUUCGCCAAGGCAACGGUAGGAGGAUGUGGAGGAGGAGGAGGAGGAGGAGGAGGAGGGAGGGUAGGAGCCCCCGAGGUGACCGUCACCACUCCCCCUCUGGAGAGACGUGUCGUCGCAUCAAAGGACGAACCGCUGGCACGGAUCAUCAGAAGCCCCAAAGCAGAGGCGAAGGAACAGAAAAUUGAGAAGCACUUUCCCACUGUCAUCACUGGCACUGGCUGCUGUAAGGAGUUUGAUAUCGGGGACCUGGUGUGGGCCAAGGUGGGCACCUACCCCUGGUGGCCCUGCAUGGUGUCCUGCGACCCUCAGAUCAAGGUCCACACGCGCAUCAACACUCGAGGUCAUCGGGAGUACCACGUGCAGUUCUUCGGCAGUGUUCCAGAGCGGGCCUGGAUUCACGAGAAGAGGGUGGUCCAGUACCAGGGCCAGGCCCAGUUUGAGGAGCUCCAGGCGGACACGCUCCGCAAGAGCACCAACCCCAUCGAGAGACAGAAGCUGUUGAAGCCUCAGUCUCAGCGGGAGCGUAGCCAGUGGGAGGUGGGCGUGGGUCACGCCGAGGCGGCCCUGUUGAUGACCAACGAGGAGCGCAACGAGAGCUACACCUUCAUCUACGUGGACAAGGAGCCCGGCGGAACACCACCCGGCACCGCCGGCUCUGCCACCGCCUCCACCUCCACCUCCACCUCCAUCUCCGCCGGGCGACCGCGCAAGGUUGGCAAACCGGAACGCAAGGUCCGGCGCUCCCGCAGCGGACCCGUGGAGCGAGAGAGGGAGGGAGGAGGAGGUGGUGCAGGAGGCGCUGGAGGCGCAGGAGGCGCAGGAGGCGCAGGAGGUGGAGGAGGUCCAGGGGGAGGCCCUCGGCGACAGCAGCCCCGCAGGCAGUGCAGCAUGACGAGCGGAGAGGAGCAGUCCUCCCCCAGCCGCAGACGCAGCGACGGGGACGAGGAGGAGGAGGAGGAGGAAGAGGAAGAGGAGGAAGACAACGAGGAGGAGGGGACGGAGUCCGGCGGCGUGCGACGCGGCCCGCGCCUCAGGGGCUCUCCCCCCGCGCAGAGCGGCAGCAGCCCGGCGACGGCCUCGGGAGUGACCGGCGCGUCGUCCUCGUCGUCCCCGGCGCCGGUCAAGACGGCGUGGAAGACGGCGGCGGCCCGGAAGCUUCUGCCGCUCUCCAUCACCAUGAAGAAGCUCAACGUGGAGAUCAUCAAGUGCGACUGGCAGCUGCCCAAAGAGAAACUGCUGCUGCCGCCCAAGCAGGUGGCCAAGGAGGAGGAGGAGGAGGAAGAGGAGGAGGAGGAAGAGGGAGAGGGGAGGCGCGGGGAGCAGAUGCCCUCUCCAGAGACUUCUCCACAGGGCUCCAGUGACAAGGCCGAGAUUCUGUCCAGUGAAGAGGAGAGGGAGCCGUCACCUUGUGACUGGACCAGCAACCAGGAGAGCGGCAAACACACACCGACCCCUGAGCACUCGUCAGGUCCACUAGAGAGGAAACUGCAGCGCAGAUGUGUGAGAAGUCGCUCUGAGUCGGAGAAGAGUGUGGAGCCGGUCCCAAAGAAGAAAGUCAAAAAGGAGCAGGCAGAGACUGCGCCUCAGAUGGAUUUGAAGACUGGGUUCCAGAAAGGAGCCAGUGAGAUCUCGGACUCCUGCAAGCCGCUGAAGAAACGCAGUCGAGCGUCAACCGACGUGGAGAUGGCGAGCUCGCUCUACCGUGACACAUCGGACUCCGACUCCCGAGGACUCAAUGACCCACAGAUGGGUUUUGGGAAGCGCUCUGACAGCCCCACCAAUCUGGAUGCGGACGGGUCCGACUCCCAGUCGGUGGACUCCAACCUGUCUGGACAGGGCGGCAGCUCGUCCAAGAGGGAGAACGUCUGCCAGAAAUGUGAGUCCUUUGGUGACUCUCUGGUGUGCUGCGAGGGCGAGUGCAACAGACUCAUGCACCCAGAAUGCCUUGGGGCCGGCUCGGAGGGGGAGCCCAUCUGCCACGAGUGUAAAACAGGUUCGCACGCGUGUUUCUCCUGUAAGGUGGCGGAGGGAGAUGUACGGAGGUGCGCGGUGCCCGGCUGCAGCCGCUUCUACCACGAGGCCUGUGCCAGGAAGUACCCGGGCACCGCCGUGGACCCGCGCGGGCUGCAGUGCCCCCAGCACAGCUGCGCCACCUGCUGUCUCGAGAGGGACCUGCAGAAAGCCAGUACAGGCCGUCUGAUGCGUUGUCUCCGCUGCCCGGUGGCCUAUCACACAGGAGACGGCUGCGUGGCGGCCGGCUGCGUGAUGGUCACUCCGCACCUCAUCGUGUGCAGCAACCACUCGAGCGCCCGGCGGAAUGGCCACCUCUGCUCACCGGUAAACGUAGGCUGGUGUUUCCUCUGUGCUCGAGGCCUUGUAGUGCACGACCUCACUGACCGCAUAUUAAGCUCAUAUACCUUUAAGUCUCACUUCCUUCUGACUGAGUCAAAUCGUGCUGAGUUGAUGACAUUACCUAUGAUUCCUUCUUCUUCGUCAGCUACCCAAAAGAAUAUUGGCAAAGGAGGAAGACUUCUGUGUUGCGAGGGCUGUCCGGCAGCCUUCCACCCGGAGUGUCUGAACGUGGAGAUGCCGGAGGGGGUGUGGCUCUGCAGCGAGUGCAGAACGGGCAAGAAGCCGCACUACAAGCAGAUCGUCUGGGUCAAGCUGGGCAAUUACCGGUGGUGGCCGGCUGAGAUCUGCAACCCCCGCCUGGUGCCGACCAACAUCCAGACGCUGAAGCAUGACGUGGGCGACUUCCCCGUCUUCUUCUUCGGUUCCCACGACUACUACUGGAGCAACCAGGGCAGAGUGUUCCCCUACGUGGAGAGCGACAGGAACUUCGCCGAGGGCCAGGUUGGCAUCAACAAGACCUUCAAGAAAGCGCUGGAGGAGGCUGCCAGGAGGUUUCAGGAGCUGAGGGCGCAGAGGGAAACUAAAGAGGCCCUGGAACAGGAGCGCAACUCCCGAAGACCCCCACCUUACAAACUCAUCAAGUCCAACAAGCCGGUGGGGAAGGUGCAGCUGCACGUGGCCGACCUGUCGGAGAUCCCGCGCUGUAACUGCCGUCCGGCGGACGAGCGGCCGUGCAGCCAGGACUCGCAGUGCCUGAACCGCAUGCUGCAGUACGAGUGCCACCCGCAGGUGUGCCCGGCCGCCGACCGCUGCCACAACCAGAGCUUCUCCCGACGCCACUACCCCGUCACCGAGGUCAUCAAGACCCACGACCGCGGCUGGGGACUCAAGACCAAACAGGACCUCAAGAAGGGGGAUUUUGUGAUGGAGUAUGUCGGGGAGCUAAUCGACUCCGAGGAGUGCCGUCAGCGAAUCCGCCUUGCCCACGAGAACCAUGUGGCCAACUUCUACAUGCUCACACUCACCAAGGAUCGGGUGAUCGAUGCCGGACCCAAGGGGAACGUCGCACGCUUCAUGAACCACAGCUGCAGCCCCAACUGCGAGACGCAGAAGUGGACAGUGAACGGAGAAGUGCGGAUCGGCCUGUUCACGCUCUGCGACGUCCCCGCAGACACCGAGCUGACCUUCAACUACAACCUGGACUGUCUGGGGAACGGCCGGACAUCGUGCCACUGCGGGGCGGAGAACUGCAGCGGAUUCCUUGGGGUUCAACCGAAGAGUGCGGUGGUGAUGGAGAAGGAGGAGAAGGUGCGGAACUCCAAGGUAAAGCCGCGGAAGCGGAAGCUGAAGCCGGAGAGCCACGAGUACCGCUGCUUCUGCUGCGGCGAGGGCGGAGAGCUGGUCAUGUGCGACCGCAAGGACUGCCCCAAAGCCUACCAUGUGCUCUGCCUCAACCUGACCACACCACCCUAUGGGCGAUGGGAGUGUCCGUGGCACCAGUGUGACGUGUGCCAGCGCGUCUCGAGCGUCUCCUGCGACUUCUGCCCCACGUCGUUCUGCCGCGAUCACGAGCGGGGCGGCCUGGUGCCCUCAGCCCUGCAGGGACGCCCCUGCUGCCCCAAGCACAACCCGCAGCGGCCCCUGGACGAAGGGCACGCCAAGGUCAAGAUCGAGGAGGAAGAGGAGGACGAUGAGGAGGAGGAGGAGGAAGAAGAGGAAGAGGAGGAGGAAGAGGAGGAAGAACAGCCAGAGUCACCCGAGGAGCCGGCCGAGUGAACCGGACCAAUGGAAGAAGAGUUUAGGAUCCAGACCGAGAGAGAGCGAGCGAGAGAGUGAGUGUGUGUAAGUGUGUGUGUGUGUGUGUGUGAGAGAGAGUUCACCAGACGCUGAGGUCACAGCUGAGGCUGUGAAACACAAGCUUACUCUGCCAGCGUAAGCAGAAAAGGCUGGAGAUUCGUCUGUUUUCGUUUUCCCUUUUAUACAUCACACGGACACACGCGCCCUCUUCUCUCAGACACACACACACACACACACACACUUUUCCCUCAGCUUUCCAUGUGACCUCUGUUUUUUUUUUUUUUUAAAUAUUCCUCUUCUGUUGACAGUUGGAAGUCCUAGACUGUUAUCUCCUUCGUUCUACCUGUACGGCCGAUGGUUUGGUUUCCUCCAGCGAUCUCCAGCCUCGCUCAAAGCCUCAUUGUCGGACAGUUGGCUCUCGGUCUGUGGACCUGGCUAAUCAUUCUCCACAUGGUACCAACGACCCAAGAACUUUAUUUUCUGUACCUCAUGUAAAUACCGGGCUCAAAUAGGUAGACUGGGACCGAGAAACACUCUCGACUCAGAACCCCACAGAUCACGCCACAUUUCAAAACAUUUACCCACGGUGGGAACAUAUCGUACGCCAGAUCAAACCAUGACAAAGACUUUGUUUAAUAAUGUCUCCUCAUCCCACUUUGUGAUUUUUCAAAUAUAUAUAUAUCUAUAUAUUAAUAUAUUUAUAUGUCUAUGUUUACAUUAACACACAAUGUAUUGUUACUACAGUAUACUAGUCCAUUUGAUAUCACUGUUGUUGCGUAUCCUCAUUGUCUGUGCUCUUAACAUUUGUUCGUUGGGUAUUUGCUUUUCUCGUUUUGACUGCCUAAAUAGGCACUUGGCUCUGCGUUUGGCACAUGACUUUAUGCUUCGCUACAAAUGCGUAUCACUUGAAGACGUGGAGAAGAACGAGCAGGUCUACUCUAACCUGAUUGGGAGACAGUGGAACAAUUAGAACCGCUAGACGCUGGUGAAGAGGACCCAAAGGAGAACCUGCCUUUUGGUUAUCUUUUUGGAACAGUUCCGGCUCUAGGAUGCGAAUGUGAAGUAGUGCUUGCGUCAUUUAUUUUGCGUAUUUUGUUUUUUAUUAUUAUUAUUAUUGUUGUUUCUGUAAUUAAUAUCAUUUUCAAGUGACCUAUUUGGGCUUGCUAUGGAGCCCGUUUGAUUACAUAUCUUGUUUUUGUUGUUGUCUCUAAAGUUAAAAAGAAACACCCACAUUUGCCCUCUGUAGAUGUUUUUGACACUGCCAUCCGAAUCCUAGAAGAAGCCUUACUGAAAAUCACUUUUCUUUCACGCAUUGUUUAAACUCUCCUUAUGAUAUUGCACAGGUGCCAAUAGGAAAGGUCUGCAACCAGAAUACACCUUGCUCAGAAGAACAGCACUCUCCAAUUGUAAUAGCUGUGAUGCCUCUGAUUUUUUAUUUGUAUUUAUUUCAUUUUUUAAAAAACUGUAGUUCAUACUUUAUGAUUUGUGCGUCAGGUGUGGUUCACCAGUGAUUUUUAUUAUGUAAAUAUUACCUGAAUCAUCUGUAUUUUAUUUUACUUUAUCUAGAACUUGACGACCGAUUCGGUUACAUACAAAGAAGCUGUACGAUAACGUUUUUUUGUUUUGUUUUGUUUUGUUUUGUUUUUUAUAUAUAUAUACCUAUAUAUUCUUCUUGUGCCCGCCCGCCUGCCCGCCCGGGAACUUCUCCAGACAUUCUCUUCCCACCGUGUUCCACACAGUAUUCAAGUGCUUAAGGACAGGCCUUUGGCUGUGCUUCUCCGUGAAGCUACGUUGUUGUCUUGAUCGUACUUUUGACCACCAAGAGAAAGCCUGGCCAGGCCCAUAAGUGGACAGGCUUGGGGAGAGUCACGUGGGUGGGGGACAUGAGCAGCAUAGUGUAGCAUCUUUCUGUGACUCCUCCGCUUCCUUGGUGUCCUCAAGAGCCAAUCUCAGUAGUGUUCAUAGGCCAUGGCAGUGGUUUUGUAAAACAAAAAAAAAAACAGCCAAAAAAAAAAAAGGAAACUUGCCUUGCCUGUGUGUUGGACUUAGCUGCUAGCUGCUGUGAUGUGAAGUACCGUGUUGUGCUGGUCCAAAAACUCAUUCGUUUACCAGUAAGCUGUGCUCGUUGUGGGCACCGUUUUAAGACCAGGAAUGGGAUAAGAAGCUGUGUUACUAUGGCGUUGACCUGUGACCUUGUGUUGUUUUCGAUACUGCUGCACCAUAGUCCUUUUUAACGGGACCAUGAUCCAGUGUUCUAAGAGAAUUCUGACAUAUUCACUCCAUGGCGUUACCGAGACGACGGGGACGAUGCUGGCAAAGGCCGGGGUUACUUGAAAAGUGUUUGUGUUCAUAUUGUUUAUCUCGCUUCUGGUUAGCGGCAGAGUUUGGACACAUCUCGGUUUGAAAUGCAUGGUUGUAGACCGUGGCAUUGGCGUGGCAUGUUUUUUUGACAAAGGGAAUAGCGUUAACGUCAGCUAUGAGGGGACUGUGCCCUACCGAUAGGGUGACCGAUGCGUGGGACAUGUGACCUUGUGCUGCUACCAGCCUUGUACGCUUUUUUGUUAGUUAGUUUGUUUAUUUCUUUCUUUCUUUGUUCAUUUCCUUUUAUUUCACUCUUACAAGAAGUGCACCAAUCAGCACUUUCACUUUGUUCACAUGUCUGGCCUUUCAGUAUUUUUUUUUAUUUUUAUUUUUAUUUUUUUUUAAAUGUGCUUUAAUUGUAAUGCUUCAGAGUCUAACUGUACAAGAGUAUGCGCUAAGAGGUUUCCAUAGAAAUCAAUAGGCACUUUCAGUAAAAACCAUUGACAUUUCCCUCCACGAAUAAUUGCAUUCUGGGGGGAAUCAAAUUAACAUUCAGACUUUUUAGUAUAGCUAUGUUUUAAAGAAAAGAUCUUCUAAUGGUAAAGGAAAAGAGUUUUAUUUUCUUCUUUAAAGUGAGGCUGUUCUGUAGGACACCCUUGUAUGACACGGUGCACGGUUCCACAGUUCUCAAAGGUUUCUCAGACAGCCUUAGCGAUGCCUUUUUAAGUCCAAGUAUCUUUCAUUGACACCAUAGCAUAUACCAAACUGAUGAGGUUUUCAGCUGCCAAACAGAUCCAGGGCAAGGGCCUCAAGGGGUUUGGAGUAUUAAGCUUGACCUAGCAGUAGUAUCAAUAAUAGGAGAAAUCUAGCCAAAAUCUGUUUGCGGACAUGUCAGUAUUGCCAUGAGUUCCUUUCACAUACGUCAUUCAUUCACUCCUAGUCUUAAUUUAGACACCCACACAGUAUUGAGAGUAAAGAUAGAUGUCCUACAUUUUUCUGUUUUUUUUUUUUUUAUUAAUGUCUUGCUUAUGUGCACCAUACAUACAUCUUGUAUUCUUUUUGAUGUGUGUGUGUGUGUGCGUGUGUAUGUGCGUGUGUAUGUGUGUGUGUCUGUGAGAGAGAGAGAGCGAGAGAAAGUGACCGGUUAGUCAAAAGCAUCUUUUGCAAUUCUAGCAUGCUGGUGACCAGUAUUAGAGUUGCUAUUAGGAGUUGAAAAAAAGGUGAAAUUGUCUCACCAGCUCCACUGAAAGAUUUUUUUUGUUUUGAUGUGUUCAUUUCACAUUCCUUUGAGAAAGACUGUUUACUAAAUCUUGCAACUGGACAAAACUAGUUUCUGUUUUGUGUAUUGUAUGUUUUGUGUCGGUGUAAAUGUCACCACAAACAUUGGAUUGAAGUAUACACUCCAUCUGAAUAAAAAAAAAGUAUCAUACACGAUAUGGCUUGGGUAGUAUGAAUGUCCUCUCCCAGUUUUAUAAAAUGAUAUACUCAUGAAUAGAGGUUUUUUGGCUAUAGUAUUUAGCCCAUGUAAUUGCAUUGUGUAAGAGAAUGAUGCUUGUCCAAUUGUAUAUAUUAGAUGGCAACAAAUCCAACUGUCAUUCUAUUGUAGUGUCAACAGAAUGCCUGUAACAUAUUGCUUCUGAAUGUUUGUGACGGUAUAGGAACAUUUUGUACAUUCCUUUUAUCUGUAAAAUUUUUAUUUGACCUAACGUUAUUUCUGAGAUGUUUUUUCUUCAGAAUCCAUAGAAUAUUCUGAGAGUACUUUAAGUAACAUUCCACAGAUUUACUCGGUUUCAGACAUGCCUGGUUUGACUUCAAUAAAACUGUUCUGAAUGUU